AUGCGCACUCGAUUCCUCCCCGCCGAUUGCUUCAACUCCGCCACCGAAACCCUAGAAUUUCUCCAUUGUUCUCCCCCACACCUUCCUCCGUCCUACACCUCAAUUCACCAACACCUUCAGCGGUGCUUCGACGACAUUUCCCCCCUCAGCGUAUCUCUUGAAAUCGAGAAAUUGCCGAUAGGAACCUCUCUCAACAAGUUCUUAUCCAAUGUCCUUCCGCAAUUGAUCAAUGCUGCAGAAAUCGGAGAUUCCACAGAUGAUCUAUCCUUCACUGGAACAGCUUGCUCUCGUGAACCGCAGAGUUUUUGUGCUGAUUUUAUGCUCGAGGUUGAUGCUUCGCAGGUGAAUUCUAUUAUUCACCAAGCACGAUCAGCUGUUUCUCUUCUUGUUGAAGAGAAAGAUGACAUCGCUUCUGACAUUAAGGGAACCAAUAAUCUCAAUAUCUUCCAGUUUGAAAUUCCAGAGGUCAAAUUGUUCUUUCAAAUGAAAUAUGAUCUUCAGCCUCAGAAGGAGAACGUGAAAAUUUUUUCUGAUAUUCCCCAGCUUGUGAGUAAUGUGGAUAUGCCCAAUCUUGAACUCAGGAUGCAGGAUUUUUUUGAAAUUCACCAAGCAGUCUAUUCAGUUGAUGAUAUCUCAAGAGAGUACUUUAUGGAACAAAAAGCUGAUCUCUUGGAAGAUUCUGGUUCUACUAGGGGACAACUUGGUUCUUGUGUACAAAAAUUUCCUGUUUUCGAAAUUGAUGAGGCAAGCCUGGGUAUUUUCAAUGACAUAGCCAUGAAGAAUGAACUUAUAAUUUUCAAAAAUAUUGAGUCUCAAAAAUGGAUACAAGAAGAUGAGAUAGCAAGUAACGACAAGGUGCAUUUGGAUUUUAAAGAAUUUGACUUACUUGUGUAUCUGUCAAAUCAUUGUUCAGUAAUGCACCACCCUGAAAUAGGGGUGGGGUGCUCAAAUUUCCUUGAAGAAAUUGAUUUCGUUAUUGACAAAGAAGAUCCAGAUGUUGGGCAUAUGUUGUUAUCACAUCACAAAACCUCUCAGGAUAUAUCCAAUUUUUCAAGGAACUUAGUUCUAUUUGAGGAAUUUCAGUUCACUGACUUAGAUCUGUAUAACUUCAUUGAAGUCUUCUAUUGUUUAGCAAUAAAGCGCACAGCAGAGGAAUGUGACCUAAUGUUUAGUGAAGCAAUGAAGUUUAAGAAUUUUGAUGACUUAAUUGCUUGUAAUGAUCUCAUUCUUGUUGAUGAUGCUUUUAGAUCAUUGCCUGUGCCCAUUCUUUUGGACUGCCAAAAGCCGGUUUCAGUGGUGUCAGUGGUUGAGAAAGUAUUUUCUGCCUUGGAGCCAGAAUCAGCCUCUACAUUUGACUGUCUGUAUUUAGACUGGCAUUUUUUCGAGGAAGAUUACUGGAAUUCUAGUAGAUAUUCUUCCUGUUGGAAGGCAUUUGAAGAGAUAGACACAUACAGCAUUGAUUUUACAUUGGACAGCAUCGAUAACAGGAUGCUACAGUUGGACUGUGUCCUCUCAGGUGGCAUUAUUGAUGAACCAAAUUUGGGAGAAAACAAGGAAAUAUUGCAAAUAAAUUUACAUGGCAUUUCUUUACCUCCAAUCUCUCAUGAAGAAGUGGCUUCUCAAACACAGCUGAAUGAAGAUGAAAGAAAGGGAAUAACUGGAGAGAUACAAUCUAAGAACGGGGCUGCACAGGUCAAUGUUAAUGUUGAAACUACAACAGAAUUUAAUGAAAUGGAUUUCCUUUUGAACUCUCAUCAUGAGUGUGGUGGAGGAAGGAAAAAGUGUAAACCUCAUGAAAGCUCCAUUUUUAAAGACACAGUGCUACCUGUGGUUCAUUCUGGUGAUUCUCUUCCUGCACGUGAUGUUAAUCAGGCGCCGUUGCAGAAAUGGAAUAUCAAGAUGCUCCAAGUAGAAUUGUCAAAUGAAAUUUUGUCACUUAUUGAUAAUUUCCAGAAAAGUUUUCUGGGAAUCUUACUGAGUGAUGCUGAAUUGAUAAAGGAUCUCUACCCCUAUCAAGAUCUGGAUGACAUUUCUUUCCUUCGGGUGCGGAAAGAAGAAAUAAUGGACCGCAUUAAGAAGAUCAGUGCGCCAGGAACUCCUUCUCUUGCUAAUGAAAAUAUCAUGUCAUUGGUGGCUCUCAGUGCAAUUAAACAGAUGGCUUGGUACUUGUGCUACUAUGGUUUGCAUGCUGCUCAGCUAUACAUCCACAAUUUGUCUACUAACCUUCAGGGCUUAAAAUCAAGAUUCAGCUUCCUCCAGAACUUGAUUCAGAAUAUGUGCGAACAGGCGGAAAAAGAAAUAACCAAAUUCCACCCAUCACUUUCUGUUGUUCAACAAGUACUUGAGUCAAGUUUGAGUGAGAAUGGUCUCAAAGUAUUAAUUGUUGCAGAGCCAGUUUAUUGGUGGCCAUUAAAGAGAUUAUUGACUUCAAUGAAGAUAUCAUACAAUGAAUCACAAAAUUUUUGGACAAAUACUUGCAAACAGGAUAAAAUAAAUGGCUUUGCUGAUCCUACGAGUAUGAUCUCUCAAGCAGAUUGCUGUUUAGUAUCUCACGAGUAUUUUUCUGCAUCAUUUCCAUAUGACAAAUUUGGUGUUAUCCUGGAAUAUGGUGGUUCGCAUGAAUCAUCUAGAGUCAGCAGCAUCUCCUCGAAAUUAGAUCGUGGUCCUUGUCUUUAUUUCCUCAAGGUGAAGCUGGAGGAAUCAGGAAUUCCUAAAGCAAUUUGUUGCGGUGUUGACAUGCCCAAGAGCAGGGGCAGUACAAUGGCAAGUCAUCUUCAUGUUAAUCUGGUGUUGAAUGAGAGCAACAAUAAGAUGGAGGACCUGCUGAAUUUUGUACCUCUUGAGGAGAACCACAACAAAGUCCCAGUUGAAGCUGUAGUUGGAGGUCAAGAGUGCCAUCUGAAGCCUUUGCAUUCUGUCUCAUUGGCUAUGGAAUCAAAAGAGAUCCCCACAAACGCACCUUCCUUUCCUGACAUAGUUGUAGUUAACACUAAAAAUUUUGAUAAGGAAAUGGUAAUUUCCAGGAGAAGCACAUACCAAAAGAUUCUUGCACUGGAGAAAGGGGGAGCACAAGUUGUAGAGCGUGACCUAAAUCUACCGGUUGAUGUUGUACUUGAUGCUGCAAAUUGCCUUGCAUGGUACGACUUAAAGAACAUUAGAAAGAAAUCUUCUGCUCCUGAUGAGGCAUUUUCUUGCCUAUCCUUAUAUGUUGAGAAUAUAGCAGCCAGUAUUUUAACAUCAUUAAGUUAUGCUUUCAGCAGCUGCAUUCUGGUAUUUGAGGGGGAAAGACAUUUCCUGGCUGGCGUCAUGGAAUCAUCAGACAAGCUGUAUGCUGCUGCAGCUAGCCUGGGAAUUGAUUUGCAGAUCUUUUGUUCUUAUUCUUCUGUUAUGACAGAUGAGAUUAUACUAUCCUGCAUUGAAGCUGUAAUCAAGCUCACCAGAGGCCUGUAUCCCAAAAUGCCUGACUCAGAAAGUCUAGCAGAAUCCUUUCUUACUGCAUUUCCUUCAAUAAAUCCUCUUUCAGCUCAUGCCAUAUUGACUUCUGGCAGCUCACUAAUUGACUUUUUAGAAUGGUCACAUGACUGUAGGAUUCAUGCAGUUCAGAAGCAUAAAAUUCCUCAUGAAAGUGUUGCUUUACUUGGUCUUUUGUGUCAAUAUGGGGAGCGAGAGGAUUCUAAAUCUGGAAUGACUGAUAGCUCCUCAUCAGUAUCAUAUGUUCCUGGUAGGAUUCAACCAGGAAGCAACUCUGAAACAAAGAAGAGGAAAUGCACUGACGAUCAUCCCAAAUUUAACAUCUAUGAAAAUGAAUUAUGCCAUUUUGAGUCCCCUACACUAUUUCCAGAUGUUAGAUUGAGUCCUCCAAGAGCAUCUGCCCCACGCAAUAUUUGGAUGUCAGAAAAUUCUGAGAUAAUUGAUGAGUGUGGAAAACCUGGUUUAACCUUUGAUGAUAAAUUUUUUUGUGAAAGGAAGAAAGUGGAGGCAAAUAUGAUGAGGAAUUAUGCAUUUGGAAUGACUGAAGGUCCUCCUAAAUUAGAAGAGAGUCAAAAACCAAAAUAUCUUCAGCACAACAUGAAUUUUGGUGUAGAAGAGAUAUUGCAUAUGGCUGCAAGGAACAGAUCUCAUAGACUUGGGAAAGAGAAAUCCGGAAAUCAGCAGGAGGAUUUAAAAGGUGAAGUUAUUGAUACUAAUCUCGCUGCAAUGUUGAGAAAAGAAAUUCCAGAGUUGAACUCUUUAAGUUUCUCACCUCAUGAUGUGAACAAGGACUGGGCAACAGGUAUGUCUAGAACCACAAGAAAACUAUCAUUUGGUUCAAGCGGCCUUGCUAACUUCCCAACUUCUGCUGAAAUUGACUCUGACUUGGAUGUCUGGAUUUGUCAAAGUACUAAUGAAUAUAACUCAAUGAGAAAAAAUAAAAAUGCUCCAGACUACUGUCCUGACAUCCACAAGUUUUCUCCUAUGCACCAAAAGGGGCUCUUGCAUGACAGCAUGCAACAAAAAACUGCAAUAGAUUCCUAUAACCAGCGAAUGCAAGAAAAAGAUAGUGCUCAUUGUGGUGGGACACCUCUAUGGGAUGCCAUUCACUCUGGUCAAACACCACUAAGGGAGUCGCCUUGGACUGUGGAGUUCCUAAAUAGAAUCAAGGAAAAAAGUAGAACACGUCAGCAAUCUCUUCCACCCGGCAUAUCUCCUCCUCCUCUUGGGUCGUCCACGAACAAAUCAAAUGCCAGUAAGAGGAAAAGCCCAUCUAUUCUUGAAUAUUACAAGUACCAAAAUAUUGGUGGUUCGAAAAAAUCGAUUGAACAAAGGAGACAAAAGCAAUUGGUAAAACCAUCAUCUCUACCCAAGAAUGAGAAAGCUUCACAUUCAAUCCUUCCCGCUUGGACUCCAGUAGACAAGAGAGCAAAGCGAACUCUAUCUUUCACAACAAUUGGUAAGGGAGGGCAGAGUAAGCUUACCUGGAGUGAUAAGAAUUCUUCUACUUUGAGCAGAAAAAUUAUGCAGCAACUAUGACAAUGGCAAGUACUGACAGGAUGCGGGUAUUUAGACAACAGGUUAGCUUAUUAAGGAAUCACAAUGUUGACGGGCAUGUAGGCUGUGUGUAGCUCUAAUGAAGAGAUGCUGUACUCAGUGCUAGCAGUUACUAGAAUCAGGUUAAUUGCAGAAUACAUUGGAUUCAACUGUUGGACCAUUUAUUUGGCACACCUUUCUACUCUGUCCCAGGUAAAACCAACUCAGGGUUUGGUAGAGGGCCCACUUAUCAAAGGCAAAUCUGCAGAAGUGUGGUUCCUUUUAUCUUGGUGUUUUUCUUUUGCAUUUAUUUUGUUUCUUAGUUGAGAAGGUCAGUUAAAGAAAGGAAUGACAGUUAAUUUCAAAAUUCAGUAGCACUCUUGGUCCUUGGCCUCGUACAACC